CUCAGAUGAUUAGAAUGCAUAAUGUACAUCCGGGUCAUUAGCCACGAAAAAAAACUCUAUAUAAACGACAGUGGGAAAUUGAACAGAUCUCUUGAGAAAAUUGCCAUCAUGAUCAGAAAGAAACGAGUCCCGAAGAAAGAUCCAGUCUCUAGUGAGUCAUUGCACCAUUUAAAGAAAAAGUCUACUCGAGCGCAACGAGCGGAAAACAAGGACAACGCUGCUACUAAUGAUGUUACAAAACGCAUGGGGAAUCUCUCCGUUGGGACCGAACCUGCCGAGCUGUGCAAGUUUUCCACUAGAAGUUCGAGCGUCGCUGUCUUGAGCCUCCCUGGGAACAAUGACCAGGCAUUUGUUUAUGCCCGAAACGUCAGGCUGCAUCAGCGAUGCUUCAAGCUUUCCUUGGAUGGUUGCUACGCAUUUCCGGACUGGAGCGAGAAGGAGAAGCAUCUUUUACGCAACUUUGUCCUUGUGGAAGUGAAGCGCUUCUGCACAGAGGAUGAGGGAGAGUGUAGAGUCAUCUACAUGUGUAGCUGUGCAACUGGAGAGAGUAACCGUGAACGUCUGGGUCACAUGGACAACAUAGUACAGGAUCCCUCAGGAUUGCAAUUCGCCGAGGAGGAUCACUACUGUCUUCAUUCCAAGGUGGCCAAACAGCUCAAUCUUCAACCGUUCGAAGAUGACGAGGACACAGACUGCGUUCAGCAAAUAUCAACUGUUCCCUUUCUUGCUGCCGUGCAUGAUGGGGAUAGAUAUGGCUUGCUGAAGCGUGUUGGUCGUAUGGGCAAGUUGACUUGUCAGCAGUGUCCAUACCAGCGACACAGCUGUGGACAUAUCCAGUCAUACAAUGACUGGUGCAGGGAGAGGGACAUAGAACCUGAGGUUGCUCUGCAUCUCGCAUCAGAGUCAGUGGAAGAAUUCACAAGCAUCUCGUACAGUCCCAUCCCCUACCCAUGGCCAGCAGAGAUGAAAGAGAAGUUUGAAAGGCUGUCGGAGCCAGGUCUCCAACAGUUUCCUAAGCACUUGCUGCCUGACUGUCCUGAGGGCCCUUGUCCUCAUGGAAACAGCUGGGAUAAGAGGGACCCUAUCAAGCAGGGGUGGGUAAGCCAUGAUGGUGUCCUAAUCCACCUGGAGGAGCUGACCAUCAGCACCUACAAGGAUGCAGACGGCAGUGAGGUCAACCGAGUGGCGUACUACAGACCUACUAUCGGAGGUUGUACCUGCCGUCGGCAGUACGAUGGGCUGGAUGAUCUGUUACACAACUUGGACAACAAAAACAUGUACUAUUUUGGCUUUCUGCUGAAGUACAUGAAUGACAUGAUCUACAGCAGAAAACCACUGAAGGCAGCAGAAAGAAGUGCCAACAAAACGCGACAGACAGCAACAACACACCCACCACUGAGCUACCGUUUGCUGAGGAAAGCCUGGAACUCGUGGGCUAGACGACUUGCCAUACCAUGGAAUGAAGUUUUCCGCUGUCCUGUGUGCGGUGAAGAGCCAACCUGUGUGGUGUGUGACGGGACAUGUAUUGGCUUCAGGAAGGACUUUCUGCCCCCUGCCACAGAGGAGACUAAGGACACAGGUCCGAGGGUUGCGGGUUCCAGGCAUGCGGAUCGCGUGUUUGUGAAAACAAAACAAGCCAGGGACCUGCUGUUACGCUACAGUGGGGAAAAGAGGGGGCAGAAGGCUGGCUGCAAAAAUGGACUGUCAGGGGGGGAAUUCGCAAACCUGAUUUCCCUCCUUGACAACGAAGGUCAUCAGGAACUGGUCGAGAUUUUACAACGACUGAGAUCAGAGGGAGGGGGCCGGAUAGCCCCGACAAGUUACAGAAAACUCUUGUCGGAGUUGGCCAAGAACUCUCCCGUCUGUGGGAUAGUGCAGGUCGGAGAAGAUGCGGAGGCAAUACAACUGGUCGGUAAGCUGGCGAAGGGGGCAAUUGGACUGGUGACCAGUGCUGACUCUGCAAUUCGACUGCAGAAAUCGGCACCAGUGAUCUUUGGAAGUCUCCGAGACAUCACAAAAGGGGGAGGGGAGAUCCCUGGCGAUGUCAAGGAGCUUCUACUUCGGAUCCACAGCAUCCUGGACAAAAUGUUCAACGAUGUGCCAGUGCCGCCAGAAAGUGCCUACCCUCCACCUGCCGCGCCAUCUGGUCUCGCAUUCUUCCCUGGGUUGGAUCAGCAUAUCGGACUUCCGAGGUACGAGGCUGACGCAAAAUCCAGCGGCAAUCCAGGGAGCUGCCGUAAGGAAUCUUAUGGCCAUCCCUCCCUUACGCCAGGCAUAUUUACCUUGUUCUGUCGCCAUGGUAUUUGUUAUGGCUUUGAUUGCAUGACCAGUUGCGAAUCUCCACGCCAUCCCUACCAGAUUUUCCGAACUAGAUUUAGGAAGGCACCUAAUGUUAUUGUUUACGAUAAUGCAUGCAAGUUGCACCAAUAUGCCUUGAAUAGGGAGCCCCAUUUCUUCCGUAACACUCAGUUCCUUGUAGAUCGCUUCCAUUUCCGAGGACAUAUUGGCUGUUCCCUGGGUUAUUGUAUGGAUGAGUACAAACAGUCCAUUGACAUCACAACAAUUAACUCCCAGGUGAAUGAACAAGCCAAUGCUGGUCUCAUCCGCAUCCAACCUCAGCUCUCUUACAUGUCUCCCUCCAACUUUGUUUUCCAUGCUUCACUCUUCCUUGCUAUCCGCAACUUUGAUGCUAUCUCUAAGCUCGACAUGACUAGCUAAGCUCCCUAUGAAAUGGCACAUGUGCAACUUCAUGUUUAUCUUAUUGUUACCAUUGAAUGCAUAUUAUUGUGAGUUUUUUUACACAUGUGCACCGCCGGCCAUAGAGCAGGACUUUUUUUUCUGCUCGCGGUAUAUAAAUUGGUUGGGGAGGAGGCCCGCAUCCUUCUCUCUGUAAAAAAUGUCUGCAUACCCCGCACCGCCGGCCAUAGAGCAGGACUUUUUUUCUGCUCGCGGUAUAUAAAUUGGUUGGGGAGGAGGCCCGCAUCCUUCUCUCUGUAAAAAAUGUCUGCAUACCCCGCACCGCCGGCCAUAGAGCAGGACUUUUUUUUCUGCUCGCGGUAUAUAAAUUGGUUGGGGAGAAGGCCCGCAUCCUUCUCUCUGUAAAAAAUGUCUGCAUACCCUGCACCGCCGGCCAUAGAGCAGGACUUUUUUUUCUGCUCGCGGUAUAUAAAUUGGUUGGGGAGGAGGCCCGCAUCCUUCUCUCUGUAAAAAAUGUCUGCAUACCCUGCACCGCCGGCCAUAGAGCAGGACUUUUUUUUCUGCUCGCGGUAUAUAAAUUGGUUGGGGAGGAGGCCCGCAUCCUUCUCUCUGUAAAAAAUGUCUGCAUACCCUGCACCGCCGGCCAUAGAGCAGGACUUUUUUUUCUGCUCGCGGUAUAUAAAUUGGUUGGGGAGGAGGCCCGCAUCCUUCUCUCUGUAAAAAA